GCACCUCCAUUCCGCGGGGCGGCGCCGGGCCGGGCCAUAAGAGACACGGGGCAGCGGUGGCCUUAGGCGGCGGGAUGCAGGCGGGUCCCGGGGUGCAGGCGGUGCGGCCCUUCAAGCUGCGCAAGAGUCUGGCCACCCGGCGGGAGGAGGUGGCCGGAAUCAGGGCCAAGUUCCCCACAAAGAUCCCGGUAAUCGUUGAAAGAUACCAGAAGGAGAAAUACCUUCCCCUGUUGGACAAAACCAAGUUUCUCGUCCCCGAGGAGCUGACCAUGACGCAGCUCAUCACCAUCAUCAGAAGCAGGAUGGCUCUGACUGCUACGCAAGCUUUCUACCUGCUGGUGAACAACAAAAGCCUAGCCAGUAUGUCUUUGACCAUGGCAGAGGUGUACAGGGACUACAAAGAUGAAGAUGGCUUUGUGUACAUGACGUAUGCUUCCCAGGAGAUGUUUGGAUGCUGCUCACUCACCCUAGGGAAAACUAUGGAAUGCCACCAUAAAACCUAAUGCUGGGGUCUAUGUGCUGCGGCUAAGCCACUGUUCUAUGAAUCAUGCCUGUGACAUGAAACUCGGAGAUGCUCCCUCUAAUGUGAGCUCUUGAGCUCUGUACUGGGGAGUUAUGACCCAAAAGCUGGCAGGACCAGCUCAAGGCAGAGAUGGUGGUACACUUUUCCAUGGAUAAUAACUUAGGUGUAUAUUUUUAUACUUGGAAGGCACUAUGGGUUGUUUUUGCUUUGUUGGUUUUUUUGUUUUGUUUUGUUUUUGUUUUUUUGGACCUGCACCUCCACUUCUUUUUGCAAUACCGAUCUUGUGAUGUAACUGCUUUUUAAGGUGUUGCUUAAGAAUAAAAUAAAGAAGCUUUUAAGUACUA